GCCGCCGACCACCGACCGUGCUCGCAGUCAUUCCACGGACACCACCACUGAUACACAUCCGUACAGCACAGCACCAGCAACAGCAGAGCCAUGGGUACGUUCCGACAACGGAUGGUCGCGAUCGCAACGGUCCUCGCCGUAUUCGCCGCUGCGCCGAGUGUUUCGAGAUCGGUGAACAUCAGCAGUUCAUGGUUAUUGCCACAAAACGAGUUUCCGGUUUUCUAUCGACAUUUCAGAGACAGAGUGACAUGGUUCGAAGCGGACGCUGUAUGCCAAUUUCACCACGCUCAACUGGCCACAGUUGAAUCUAACAGUCAGUUUGAGGCAAUACGUAGUUAUCUGAAGGAAUUAGACGUGAUCGAGAAUGUUUGGAUUGGUUUGAAGCGGAACAGCGAGGCUAGUGAAUUCACAUGGACUAAUUACCAGCCACUUGCAAGGAGCGGAUACUUUAGAGAAGAAGUUCCACGUUCAUCGGACCCUGUUUGCGUUGUCACUGACCCUACGGCCAACUUCAAAUGGCACAGUUUACACUGUGGAGGCCCCGAAGUAGCAUCAUUCGUUUGCGAACUCCCAGUUCCAUAUUGGGCAUCCAAGAAUAACGGUUGCAUGACAAGUAUGAUGGAAGGUAUGACAGUAACUUUCUUGCCGGAACGUCCUGCUAUUCAACUCACUAAGGAAUGCAGUCCAGGUGUCUCCAAAAAUGUUACUUGCAAAGGAAACAUGAAACAAUCUGAAAUAAUCGAAAAAUUGAGUUGUCCAAAUUCUAAUAAGCCACUGAAGACAUUAUUUAAACCGGUCAAACCUGAAAUAGUUGAUAUCAAGCUAAAAACAACAACCUCAAGCUCAGAAUCAGAUGUUGAAGACUACGCCAUCGAAAUGGCCACGAUUGCUCAGUACAACGACGAAACGUUCCAGUCGAUAUCUAAAGUGAUGGGUCACGGUAGUGGUGGCAUUAUCAACUUGCCACAAGAGAUGUCGAUCGCUCAAGAACCGAUAAAGUCUUCGGGCCGAGGAAGUUUUGACACCAACGGCAUUGAUUCGGCAUUUAUUUCUGGCCAGGUCGAGGCCACCAGCACCGGCGCUAGCAGCAUCAGCGCCAGUACCAGCACUAGCACUAGCACCGCCAGCUCCGUGUCCAGCUCGAGCACCGUAACCAGCGCUAGCACUACCAGCACUACUAGCCCCACACCGAAAAGCGAGCCAAAAACCUCAUCGACGAUGACCAUGAAACAAACGACGACACCGACACCUAUUGCAACCGCUACCAAGACCACGACUCAUACCGGUUCGGUCACCUAUAGUACAGCGUCCGGCACCACGACUCAUGCAACCACAGUCAAUAAAGUGACCACCCCGGCCACAAAAACCGGCACAACCGGUCGUACUGUGACAACCAUUGGUGGCCAGCCGACUGGAACCCCGACCACUACCAGUAACAGUAAUCAUAAUCGCCAACGCGGAAACUCGGUCUACACGACCACCGCUAACACCAACACAAACGCCCCAAUCUACGCCACCACCACCACCACCCUGCCGAAGAGCGGGCCGACCGUACAGAUUACGACCACCGAAAAGAUACACACCGUGGCCAAAAUGCUGACCGCCGAGACCGGUGACGUCCGCCGGGCCAACAGUCGCCGGCCAACCGCUGCCACACUGGCAGCCAUCGCGACGGUCGUGGCUAAAAUACCGUACACUGUGGCCUCCACCUCGGCCACCAGAACUACCAGCCGCCCAUUGAACGCACUUCGGUCAUACGCCAAUUUCGGUGACGGAGACGUGGCCACCACGAGGGACGCCCCGACCACUGAGCCACCGAUUCACGUGUACAAGAAAAUCGAUUUCCCCGGAUUGCCGAUCAAUGACGACAGAGAUUACGUGCGCAAACCUACUGCCACUCCGUUUUCCAGCACCUCGGCCACCACGUUUUCCAGUCCCGUCAACAGGAACGGUAACGAUGGGGUGACUACGCGUUAUUCGACACCGCUGGCCAUGGCCGCUUCUACCACCAUCAGCGCUUCUGCCAGACCUUCCGACGCCCUCAACAACACAUACCCUGCCGCCGCUGAAACAGCUACCACUAACAUGGUAUCCGACACAUCGUCACCAGUGGCCUCCGUUACCGUCGGCGAAGCAGAUGACGACACCAAUAACUGGAACGUCCCGUCGUCUCCUUCAUCCCUGCCCACCAAAAUAGCCAACGAUGCAGUCACUACCACCAUGGCCAGUGCCUCCGUAACUGCCGCGUUCGACGCCACGUCCACCGCCACCGAUGUAGCAGCCACCACCGUCACCGCCGCAACCACUACAACCGCCAGGACCACCUCCACCAUCACUCCCGCUGAGAGCACCUCCACCGUCGCAGCCACUACAACCGCCGCUCCCGCUAACCACCGGAAAAUCGCCAACUACGACGCGUAUACCGAUCAUCCCAAUCGCAGCCGUCACAUUGUCCGCCCAAAACAGCAGCAUCACCACUCCUACCCUUACAUCUUGUACAGACUUUUGGGAUGAAUGGUGUCUUAUCUCUUCGCUCCCACUCCCCUUUCAUGCACUUACGAUAAGUAACAACCAUGAUCUAUCACCAAAAACAUUAUAGCUCCUGCUCACCUCUUAUCUGUUGUCGUCCUCACCCCCUAACGAUCACCCUUAACACAGAAUACAUUCAUUACAAUAUAUUUGGGUACAUAAAAUAUUUCACUGUUCUAAGUUAUUUCCUUCCGCAGUAUGUCCCACCACAGUAACAAAUAACAAUCUACAGGUGCAAACAUUUUCCAAUAAAGUGCUAAAUUCGCCAUUUUGCAACACAAAUUCUUUUACGUUCGAGUCAUUUUCAAACACAGGUAUUUCAGAUUUCGGAAACCUUUGGCCAAAGAUUGGCACGUCUACUUUUCACAGAGACACGAUGCAUGAUAAUAACUGACAUACUGGUUGGUUUUCACACUACAUAACAUCCAAAAUAAGUUUAGGUCUAUAUACAAUUUAUUCCAGUACGAUUUCAUUCGAAACCAUAAUUUCAUAAUCCUUAUUCACUCCAUCUCAGUUCUCGACUAAUAACUAAAAUAAUCAAAAUUAAAAUGUCACCAUAGAUACAAAUCCUAAAAGAAGCACGGGCAAAAAAAAGGAUGUUCUAGCCAGGCAAAGAGUUAUGUUUUCGGAAUA